GUGAUCUAUUUCAGGAGACUUACACGCCCUCAUUGAUCAAGAAAGCGCGCAUCUCAACGCAAACCAAAUUCUCAACAUUGAUGCCAUACUAGAAGCCGUACUGCAUAAAGCAAUUAGCAUAGUGAUGACAUUGCAACCGAAUGACGACAAACGCUCAGAAAAAACUAUGGCGGCUGAUGGUGGGUAUCAAUUUACAUUGAUUUUCUUUUUUGCGUUUUUCACUCAAAUAUUUCGUCUGGGACCAACUGACUUGGUACGAUGGUUAGUCUAUAUUUUGGCUAGAACAUCGACUGUAGGCUGUGAAGUAGAAGCAUGGUAUAUGUGGGAAUUGUUACCACAACAGAUGAUUACCAAGGGUGAUGCCGCUUACUACCUGACGGCGUUGUUUUGUGCCAUUCACAUCCUAAAAAGCCGAGAUGCAAUAAAGAAACUUGCCGAAAAAGAUGAAGACAUGAUGAGCAGCAUGGAUCUUUCGCAUCAGAUGUCAUCGCCGUCGUCAUCUGCAUCGGAUGCAUUUGUAAAAGUUGCGAUACCAGAUGAGGUUGCUGGGUGUAUCAGGUGGGAACUGCUAGUCUUAAAGUAUGCGACAUUUCCUGGAGUUCCGCAAAUGACUACGGGGAAGUUAUGUCGGGUAAUCGCUCACCAGCAAGGGAUCACAAAUCCUGAAGAUCAUGGAUUGUACCUGAUCGUGAAUGGUUUCGAAUCCUGCCUGCUACCCCAUGAGUGCCCUGACGCAAUCCGGGACAAUCUCCGAGGCACCGGCAAACCUCAUCUUUUCGCCUACAAACGCCAUGAUGCUAAAAUUGGCUGGCCACGACAAAUUAUUGUGCAAUAUGGUGUGUUACUUAACAUCCUCAGAGUUUCUGCAUAUUGGCCUGAUUGCAAAUAUUGGAUCUGCUCUUGGUUUUUGUGGGGAAAGUUUGCGGUGCGAAAACUAGUCCCCGGCGUUUUCCAACUUAUGCUUAUGCGGUUUGCUAUUGAUUUGCCUUUCAUUCUGGACUAAUU